AUGGGCUGCUCACCAUCCAAAGGUAACAACUUUGGGGCUCUGGGUGCCUUACGGAGGGGGCGAAUGCUCCCCCCUGCACCCCAAGAAUACCCCAGAGAGUCCCACUUUGAAGAAGAAGAGCACAGUCAUUCAGCUGGAUUGAGAGAUGAGGAUACAAAAGAGAGACAAGCAGCAGGACAAGUGCAGGUGAUACAGAAAGAGGCUCAUAUGACACCACAAAAGAAGCGAUCUGUGUCUGAUCAAGCGCCUGAGACACCAAACAUAGAAAAAACUGUCAGUCAGCACAUGGACAACAACACAGCUUUACAGAAAAAAGAGAAAAGUGUUGACAGACAGGAUAUGGCUGAAAAGAAGCCUGCCAAAAAAACAAAGAGAAAUGUUAAAGGUAUUAAGGUACAAAAAAAGAAAGACAAAGAUAAACAAGCAACAGAACAGAAGGUGGACUUCCCAGAACCAUUGGUAAGAGCUCACCAAGCUGCAUAUGCCUUUUUGAAUCCAAGUAUAAACAAAUAUGAAGAUCUGCUUGGACUUUUAGAACAAGCAACCCAAACGCAGGUGUCUGUGCAGCCCAUGGUUGCUUUCAUGGCUCUACGCUAUGAGGAAAUAACUCAAGGACUGGAAGAGAUGGCAGAUGAGGGAGAAAAAGUUUUGAAAGAAAAUGGAGAACAUCUUGCGUGGCCAAGUCAAAUAAAAAACCUUUCAUCCUCUCCUCCCACAAAGUCUGGCUCUGCAAAUAUCGAGUCCCCACCAGAUUUGUUGCAGCAGCUGCUUCAGUAUACCACACAGAGAAUGAGAAAUGUGAGCCAGACGGUUGGUGGGAUUGGUGAUUCUGCUUUGAUGGAGGCAGUAGACUACUUUGCGUCCGUCUCAGAGCUUUUAGAGGAGAAACUGAAAGUCAAACGUGCCGUAGAGAGCAGGCUGAUGCGACUCUUAUCUCGCAUUGAAAUGGCAUCUCUGCACCAGUCUCGGCCUGAGGAUUCCGCCCUCUUCAGCGAGGAUAGUGGGAUUGGAGCAGAGAGUGAAUCUCUUGCUGGAUCUGAAAGACGCUACAGACGGGAGAGUUGUGGAUCCACAGGGACAAACAGAACUACUCCCAUCAGUCCAAUGGAAUAUACCUCCAUGAACGUUAGACGAGGAAUAUCAAGGCAAAAGCCCACAAAACAAAUAAGUCCAAGUGCUUCUCUCUCCUCACUCAUCUCAUUGGGAUCUACAAGUACCAUGAUAGCGAAUAACCAAAGAGAUUCGCUGCUUGGUUCAGUCUCCUUUGAUGAUGGUGAGGACGAUGAUGAUGAUGAAGAUACUGAUAAUAUAAUGGGAGAGCAAAUUGGUGUAACAAAGCAAUCAAAUUGCUCCCCCAUAAAUCGCCCCAUAAAUCAAGAGCAACAGCACCCACAUCGCCUGCCAUCGAAGCGCAUAGAAAAUCCUCAAAACAUGGAAAUGACAAUCAAAAUGAAAAAUGCUAUCAGUGGUAAGAUACAGUUUGUCCCAUCCCAGAACACUUGCACCAAAACAAAGUUAGUUGGGAGCCCUAAAACCAGCAGACGCCAAUGGACAGAUGAGAAGGAACAAACCCCCAAAAGGCCUCAAACAUCUGCACCUGUUAGGAGGACUGCAGUCAAAAAGACUGCUGUGACCAAAGAGCAGCGCUCCAGAUCAGCAGAAUCUCUACGGAGUAAAGGUGAAGAUCCUACUUUGCUUGAACUAGCCAAGACCCAGAAAGAUUUGAACCAGCGAUUGCAGAAGAUGAACAAAGGGAAAGCAAGUGGAAACAUCAGGACCCCUCAGUCCAAACACAAUCAAUGCUCCUCGCCUGCGCAAUCUCCAGCAGUAAAUCGCAAACAUCCCCCAAUGGAGAAAAAAGUUAAUAUCCAAUCACCUAAACACAAAACAGGCCUUACAAGGUGCAACAAUGAUAAACAAGAGGUAACCAGUGAUGGUGAAGAAGGUAAACCAAAAGACAAGGAAAUAUCUAAGGGUCCUAUAAAGGCCACACCACCUCCUAGUCCUCCCCCAUCACCACGGCCCUCUUCGGGUCUUCACAGAGGCAGAAACUCUGUCAAAAAACUGAUUGAUACUUUCAGUCAAGGGAUAGAGGGAUUAGAAUGUCCCAAUGUUCUUGGGCCUCUCAGAGGAGUACGGAAGUGUGGUGUUCCUGUGUUGCCAGGUUUAGGAAAUGUUGAAGCUGUGCUUAGCACUGGGGUAACCAGCUGUAGACCUGAAUUUAAUCCAUCAGAGAAAAAUGAUGACUUUGAUCCUGAUUGUCUCCCUCCACCACCACUGGAAGUGCUAAUGGACAACUCCUUUGAAAGUUCCCAGAUUCUUGCAGCUGAUGGAACAGAUGAAGGGGCUGCAAAGGUCAGAAAAUCACCUUUACUGAAAAGGACUGUGGUCUCACAACGAUUGAGGGCCUCAGUUCAAGCAGUGACAGUGCUGCCAAGCAGAGGAGGCCUGCCUCAAGUUCCUAGGGUCAGCUUCCUUGAUAAAGUAGAUCAAAAGGACACAUCUGCUCCCUCAAAGGUCAGCUCAUCAGAUGGUCAUCUAGAGGCUGAAAAGGAAAAUUAUUCAUUUCACCAGCAAGCCAAAACGAUCAUAAGCCAAAGACAAUCUCCAGUCUCAGAGAGUAUGUCAACAAGUCAUGGAGCAGCAAAUCCAGCUGACAGUCUUGAGGAUACACAAGAUGGUGGCAUCCUAUCAGUGCCUGGACCUAAUACUAUAGUGCCUCCCUCUCCAGUAGUCAGAAGCCAACCAGCUGCCACUCCACCUGUGUCUAGGGGGCGAAUAUUACCAUCUACACCAUCUACACAGAGCAGUCUACAACGAAGACUCAACAGCCCCCACAACUUAAAGAGGCAACCUACCCCACCCUCUACAACCAGCCCUCCUGUCAGCAGGAAACUCCCCACACCACCAGCAGUUCAGAGGAGGCUCCCAAGCCCACAUUCUGCAAAGCAGAUCAAUUCUCACACACAUUCACCCCCUUCCUACCCCUUCAAAGCACCAUCUCCACCAGCCUCACCAAAAGUACAACGAUGGUCAAGGGAGAACAGCAGUGAAGACUUAACCAGUGCACGCAGGUUUAGCAAUGCACGCUCAGUCUUCUGCCCAGCAUCUUCAUCCCUAUUUGAAGCCCAGCCUUGCUCUGUUCCACGACCCCCUCAAGCAUGGACAUCUACUGGGGUGUCUUUUCUCUCAAGAGCUUGGGAGAGUCAUGGAAGGUGUCCUGUAUCUGUUCAAGGACCUCAGCAAUUCAUCCGACGUAGUCAAUCAGACCGAAGGCCUAGUCUGAGUCUUCCACCAAGAUCACCAAAAAUCUCAGUGGCUGAAAGUUGUGGGAGUGAGCCAGCAAUUUAUUCACCAGGGUGAGUUUAUUUAUGUGUGUCAAUCAUCCUAAACACUAAGUAUGGCUUUUCAUUUAAUCUUUGUCAAUGAUCACACCUAUCUUACAUGAUAGCUCUGUUUUGUUCCUGUAAAUCAUUAGGGCAAUUGGCUGAUUUGUUUUUGAGGACUCUCAAGUUACUUCCAACAAAGAUUGGUAAAAUAUGCACCUAAUUCCAAGAACAGAAGAACAGCCUCAGUAUAUUUGCCAUACCCAGUUGUUAAGUAACUGUUUUAAUGUAAAGAAAUACUCAAGGGCAUAGAAAUUACUUGGAUUCCAAGAAGUAUGAUUAGUUUCUCCUCUGUACUGGCUUCUGCCAUCGUCGGUGACAAGGUUCAUAACAUACCGCCCCUCCUUAAUUUUGAUAGGUAGAUGAUGGAGAUAUGACAUUGACGAGCGUGAAAGUGUUUGACUGUGGGGGUGUGUUGAGAGCUAAAAAUGUUAGUAAACAGAAAAUGACAGUGUCCAAAAUGCAUUUAGUAUAAACAGGUCUUGCAUGUUUUUACUUUUCAUCAUUUUAGACCAAUCAACUUUACCAACAAGUUUCUGGUUUUGUUGGUGUAGAUAUAAUACCAAGCACAAAGGACAUAUGAAACUCUAUUUAAGGUUAUUAUUACUGCUUACACUCUGUAUGGUAUUCUCUUUUCAUUAAAGGAUUGAUACGUCUGAAAACCAUAUCAAGACCAUACACCUUAUUCAACAACAUAGUCUCUUUUUGUCCCCACAAAUUUUUAUGUCGUUGACUGUGUGUCGACGAUACGACUUGAUAUGUCUGUGUCUGUAUUUAUCCGAAAUCUAUUAAUCAAUGCACCAAACUUAAAAACAAGCAUGACAGUUUUACAAUAGCUAGUGAGAUUAAAGUGAUGCAACAGACUGUCACGUAAAGAGGCCAUGCAUUGGUACACUGUAUUGCGUACAAAGGAUAACUGUCACAACAGUUUCGAGCAUCUACUUAUUAAUAUUAUACCAAAGGUAAUUUUAGGGGUAAUGGCGUACAUGAUUUGUUUCCAUGACUGAGUGAACUCACUUCAAAGUUAAUCUAACAUCUUGCCUCAGAACCACACAAUCCCUGUUUACAACCAACACAAACCCAAUGUCCCACUUCCUUAAUUGCCAAUGUAAACAUUGUCCAUUCGUUCUGACAGGCUGGAUGAAGAGGCAAUCAGGGAGGAUGAACUCUGGGGAAGCCAAUCAGACCUUAGAGCCACACCACGUUCUGCAUCACACCCGGACCUGUGUGUUGUUGGACAGGCCCUGCACAGAGACUGAAGGGGCCAAAGAAAG